AUGGCAAACACAAGUGAGUUUGGGGAGAGCAGCCCGUCCUUACAGAACUAUGCGUCCUCGGCCCCUGCGGUCCAGCUGGCCUCCCUGGGUCUGAUCAUGGGCUUCAGCCUGCUGGGCAACGCGUCCCUGUCGCUGCUGCUGCUGAAGGACAGUUCCCUGCACAAGGCUCCGUACUACUUUCUCCUGGACCUGUGCCUGGCGGACGUGCUCCGCUCCGCCUUGUGCUUCCCCUUCGUGAUGGCCUCGAUCAGCGGUGGCUCCGUGUGGCCGUACAGCGCGCUCAGCUGCAAGAUCGUCGCCUUCAUGUCGGUGCUCUUCUGCUUCCACGUCGCCUUCCUGCUCUUCUGCGUCAGUGUCACCCGGUACAUGGCGAUCGCCCACCACCGCUUCUACUCCAAGCGGAUGAACCUGUGCACGUGCGUGGCGGUGAUCUGCAUGGUGUGGACCCUCUCCGUGGCCAUGGCGUUCCCGCCGGUGUUCGACGUGGGCACCUACAAGUUCAUCCGUGAGGAGGAGCAGUGCACCUUCGAGCACCGCUAUGUGAAGGCGAACGACACGCUGGGCUUCAUGCUGAUGCUGCUCUUCAUCGUGGGCACGACCCAUGUGGUUUAUAUCAAGAUGCUGUGCUUCGUGUACGACCACCGCAAAAUGAAGCCGGCCCAGCUGGUGCCGGCCAUCAGCCAGAACUGGACCUUCCACGGCCCCGGGGCCACCGGGCAGGCCGCCGCCAACUGGAUCGCCGGCUUCGGCCGCGGACCCACUCCGCCGACGCUGGUCGGCAUCCGGCAGGCGUCUCAUCCAGGGAACAGGCGGCUGCUGGUGCUGGACGAGUUUAAGAUGGAGAAGCGCAUCGGGAAGAUGUUCUACAUGAUCACGCUGACCUUCCUCGUCCUGUGGGCUCCGUACAUCAGCGCCUGCUACCUGAGGAUAUUCGGGCGGGGGGCUCCGGUGCCGCCGCUCUACCUGUCCGCCGCGGUGUGGAUGAGCUUCGCCCAGGCGGGAGCGAACCCCAUCAUCAGCUUCCUGUUCAACAAGGAGCUCCGGGUGCGGCUCCGAGCCCGUUUCUCCUGCUGCCUGGGAACACAGACUCCCAUGGAGCCAUACUGUGUCAUCUGAGCCUCCAAACCCACUCUGGUACCCUGAUUCAGAAUGUAAACACUGCUGUGCACAUGCAGACUGGGACUAUAGGCUGAGGCCACACGUACUACACGCGGCAGAGUUUACCAAACAUUUUUAAACGAGCUCACUACGGUGUUCAUUUCUAACUUAAUGUUUGCCAGAACAUGAUCCGACUGAUACAACAUUAUUGUUUCUCUCACCAACUGGGCUUCAUUAUUUUAAUGUACACCUCUGCAUGGACUGUAGGUGACAUUCAUUGCCAAUAUAGCCCAUAUAACAAAUAAGCCUCAUGAUUGGUUGCCUUAUUUAUCGCUAUAUAAACUUAUAAUAACCUGUUUUUAUUCACUGUUGUACCUGAAUGUCAUUUUGACUAUUUAUUUGUAUAUUUUUUAAAUUAUAUUCGAACAUGUCUGCAGGUUGUUUGCCUUCUGCAGAUGACUGAAACACAACAGAACUUAUUUUCAGUCCGCUGGCUGGAGACCAUUUCCUUGACUUCUGCGACCCACCUGAUGACUUGUCACAUCAGUUUCACACAGACACAGAUCUCAGUAUAUUUUUAGUCAGGACAAUGUCACCUUUGUAAAAAUGUAAAUCCCUAUUCCGCUUUUUCCUUAUUUAUUUUAAACAGCUACGUUGUAUAGUUCAUAAUCUCUCUGAUUUCUUUGUGUUAUUGCAAAAUGUGUCCAACCUCACUUUAAAAAAGGGUAUUUUGCUAUUUCUUAUCCAUCUUAUUCAUCUCAUGGGUCAGUUGUGAUGAGAAAUGGGUCGAUCCAACUUCCAGGUCUCAUUUUUCUACGAUUAUGGACGCUGGGACGAAUGUUAACAAUCUGUUGCUUUGGAAAGGAUGUUUUCAUCAUUUGUAUUUCUUAGCAAAUAAAAAAGAAAUGGAGGAUAA